AUGAAGUCCCUUUCUGUUAUUCUCCUGGCCGUGACCUCGGUCUCAGCCGCCCCAGCCGGCACUCUUCGCCGCGAUGCAGGCAAAUCCAGCAUUGGUGGCGUGGCUGCCCGGGCGAGCAUCACAGACGCCUUUGCCGGCGCCGCCCAGGGAGCCGUCGACACGGCAAGCACCAUGGCUGGUGAUGCCAUCAACGUUCCUCUUGACAUGGCGGGCGCGGGUAAGCCGCUCGGUGCCCGGGCCGCUGAUGAGCCCCUUCAGGACUUUGAGAGGAAGGAGGAGGAGGAGGAGGAGGAGGCUGCUCGGACUGCUGCCAAGAGAGCUGUUAGGCUCCGGGCGCUCCAGGAUUUCGAAAAGGAGGAAGAGGCAGAGGAUGCCGCCGCCGGACUCGGCACCCGUGAGCUUCAAGACUUUGAAAAGGAGGAGGAGGAGGAGGAUGCUGCAGCUGGUAUCAGUACGCGCGAGCUUCAGGACUUUGAAAAGGAAGAGGAGGAGGAGGAUGCCGCAGCUGGUAUCAGCACGCGCGAGCUUCAAGACUUUGAAAAGGAAGAGGAGGAGGAGGAAGAAAGGACAAACGCCAAGCGGGCCACCAAGACCAAUGGCCUCGAGGACUUUGAAAAGGAGGAGGAGGAAGAAGAGGCAAGGACAAAGGCCGAGCAGGCCCCCAAGACCAAUGGCCUCGAGGACUUUGAAAAGGAAGAAGAGGCAGAGGAAGCGGCCGCUGGGCUCAACGCUCGUGCUGAACCCGAGCAGGAGGAGUGCGUCAACGAAGACGACUAG